GCCUUUGAUCGAUGUAACUGUAGUAUUAAUUAUAACUCCGGAUAAAUUACGUAUAUAUGUGUAAUUAUCCUUAUCGAUAACCUUAUCUAUUCCACUAAUUGAACAGAAAUGGUGGUGCCAGGUUCAUUGUUUUGACUGGAAAUUGAUGAAAAGUUGAAGGCAUGACCGUACAGAAGAGGAAAGGAGAAGCUGAAGGAUACUCGUACGGGAUUCGAUUUGCUCAAGGAUAGACGUGUUUGAGAAUUAUUGAAAAUAAAUAUAGUUCCUAGCAGUUUACGUGGAAUUAAAUAAAAGUAAAAAUGGCUGGAAAAAUCCCUCAAACGAUUGAUUCUAAAGGGAAAGUUAUUGCCGUUUUUACCAGCGGCGGAGAUUCUCAAGGUAUGAAUGCAGCCGUUCGUGCCGUAGUGAGAAUGGGUAUGUUUGUUGGAUGUAAAGUCUUCUUCAUUAAAGAAGGUUAUCAGGGAAUGGUUGAUGGUGGUGACCAUAUCAUUGAAGCAUCCUGGGCUAGUGUUUCAGGAAUAAUACAUAAGGGUGGUACUGUGAUAGGUAGUGCCAGAUGCAAAGAUUUCAGAGAGAGAGAAGGAAGGUUGAAAGCAGCAGCUAAUCUUGUAAAUAGAAGCAUAACAAAUUUAGUAGUAAUUGGUGGUGAUGGUAGUUUAACUGGAGCUAACUUAUUCAGACAAGAAUGGUCAUCAUUACUUGAUGAAUUAGUAGAGAAAGGUACAAUAACUCCAGAGAAAAGAUCAGAAUGUAGCCAUUUAAAUAUUGUUGGUAUGGUUGGUUCUAUUGAUAAUGAUUUCUGUGGAACAGACAUGACAAUUGGUACAGAUACUGCUCUCCAUCGUAUUAUUGAAGCUAUUGAUGCAAUUGUUACAACUGCUUCAAGCCAUCAGAGAACAUUCAUUAUGGAAGUUAUGGGUCGACAUUGUGGAUAUUUAGCUUUAGUUGGUGCUUUAGCAACAGAAGCUGAUUUCGUUUUUAUUCCUGAAUGGCCUCCUGAAGCUAACUGGCCAGAUGUAUUAUGCAAAAAAUUAAAACAGGAAAGAGAAUUAGGACUGUAUCUAAACAGGAUAAUUGUGGUUGUUGACAAUCUGAAACAAGAUACUAGGGUUACAGUUCUUGGUCAUGUACAACGUGGAGGUAGUCCAUCAGCAUUUGACAGAGUAUUAGGCUCAAGGAUGGGUGCUGAAGCUGUAUUAGCAGUUUUAGAGGCCACACCUACAUCAGAAGCUUGUGUAGUGUCUUUAGAUGGGAACCAAGCUGUACGUGUUCCUCUAAUGCAGUGUGUAGAAAAGACAAAACAAGUGGCUGAAUGCAUGGCCAGAAAAGAAUGGGAUGAAGCUGUAACUUUACGUGGAAGGAGUUUUGAACGUAACUUACAAACUUACAAGUUAUUAACAAGGCUCAAACCACCUAAAGAUGCACAUGAACAUGGUGGCCAUGUGUUUGCAGUAAUGCAUAUAGGAGCUCCCUGUUGUGGUAUGAAUGCUGCUGUUAGAUCUUUUGUAAGAAAUUGCUUAUGUCAGGGAAAUAUUGCUUUUGGUAUUCAUGAUGGUAUAGAAGGUUUAAUUGAAGGAAAUUUUCAACAAAUGAAUUGGAGUGAUGUAUCUGGUUGGGUGGGCCAAGGGGGUGCAUUUCUUGGAACAAAGAGGAUGCAAUCUUUUCUUAUUAGAAAAGAAUGUUGUAAGUACACGAGGAGGCAUUUAACUGGAUAUCUUGAUGAAAAUGAUGAACAUAAAUNACCACAUUUACAGAAAAUAGCAAGCCAAUUAGCUCAUUAUAAAAUUCAAGGAUUGCUUGUAAUUGGUGGUUUUGAAGCAUAUCAUUCUGUUCUUCAAAUGGCAGAAAACAGAGAUAAGUAUCCAGAGUUAUGCAUCCCAAUGUGUGUUAUUCCUGCUACAAUCAGCAAUAAUGUACCAGGAACAGAUUUUUCUCUUGGUGCCGAUACUGCUCUUAAUGAAAUAACUGAAAUUUGUGAUCGUAUUCGACAAUCUGCUCAGGGUACAAAGAGGCGAGUAUUUGUUGUAGAAACUAUGGGUGGAUAUUGUGGUUAUUUAGCCACGUUAUCUGGUCUUGCCGGUGGUGCCGAUUCUGCUUAUAUUUUUGAAGAAUCCUUUUCAAUUACUGAUUUAAUAGGUGAUGUUCAUCACAUGCAAGCAAAAAUGAAUGAAGGCAUUUCUAGAGGAUUGAUAUUAAGGAAUGAAAAUGCAAAUGCCAAUUAUACAACAGAUUUUAUUUUCCGUCUUUACUCGGAAGAAGGUAAAAAACUAUUUACUACAAGAAUGAAUAUUUUGGGUCACAUGCAACAGGGUGGAUCACCAUCUCCAUAUGAUAGAAAUUUUGGAACAAAAACAGGUGCAAAAGCAGCAGUAUGGUUAGAAGAACAAGUUAAGCAAGAACCAAAAACUAACAAACCUGAGAGUGCUUCUUUACUUGGAGUAACAAGUAGACGAUACAGUUUUGAACCAGUUCAGACAUUGAAAAAAGAUACAGAUUUUGCGAAAACUUGUACUGUAUUUAGCAGUGGUAUGCAAAAGUUAGAGAGUGAUAUACAACGAAAUAUUAAAGUAAAAUGUACUGAUAUAGUUAAAAGAGGUCAGAAAGUAGAAAGAGAAGUGCAAGAGAAUGAUGAGGAUGCUGAUCAAGUGAAUUCACUAGAUGCAUCGCAAGAUUUGUAG